AUGUCUUUGCAGAGGAUUGUGCGCGUGUCCUUGGAACACCCCACCAGUGCCGUGUGCGUGGCUGGAGUCGAGACCCUGGUGGACAUUUAUGGCUCCGUUCCUGAGGGCACAGAGAUGUUCGAGGUCUAUGGAACCCCUGGCGUGGACAUCUACAUCUGCCCCAACGCGGAGAGGGACCGGGAGCGUGCGGAUACCCGGCGUUGGCACUUUGACGUGGGCUCACAGAUCAUCGUGGUCAUGAACUCUCCCAGCAACGAGCUCAACGACAGUCAUAUUCAGAUUUCCUACCAUUCCAGCCAAGACUCCUUGCCCCUGGCCUACGCGGUGCUCUACCUCACCUGUGUGGAUAUCACCCUGGAUUGUGACCUGAACUGUGAAGACAGAGACAGGGACUUUGUGGACAAGCGGCAGUGGGUCUGGGGACCCGAUGGGUACGGAGCCAUCCUGCUGGUGAACUGUGACAGGGACAGUGUGCGCUCUGACGACCAGGACAACUGUGACCGCCACGUGCGCUGCCUGCAAGACCUGGAAGACAUGUCUGUGAUGAUUCUGCGUACCCAAGGCCCUGACGCUCUGUUUGACGACCACAAACUCGUCCUCCACACCUCCAGCGCUGACGCCGAGCGGGCGCGGGUGUUCCACGCCUGCGGCCCCGCGGACUCCUGCGAGGCAUACCGGCACGUGCUCGGCCAGAACAAGGUGUCGUACGAGGUGCCGCGCUUCCACGGGGACGAGGAGCGCUUCUUCGUGGAGGGCCUGUCCUUCCCCGACGCCGGCUUCUCGGGGCUCGUCGCCUUCCACGUCACCCUGCUGGACGACUCCAACGAGGGUUUCUCCGAGUCCCCCAUCUUCGCUGACACCGUGGUGUUCCGAGUGGCCCCCUGGAUCAUGACGCCCAGCACGCAGCCACCCCUGGAGGUGUACGUGUGCCGCGUGCGGAACAACACGUGUUUCGUGGACGCGGUGGCUGAGCUGGCCAGGAGGGCCGGCUGCAAGCUGACCAUCUGCCCGCAGGCCGAGAACCGCAACGACCGCUGGAUCCAGGACGAGAUGGAGCUGGGCUACAUCCAGGCGCCGCACAAAACCUUCCCGGUGGUCUUUGACUCCCCCAGGAACGGCGAGCUGCAGAACUUCCCUUACAAAAGAAUCCUGGGUCCAGAUUUCGGCUACGUGACCCGGGAACCACGAGACAACUCUGUGAGCGGCCUGGACUCCUUCGGGAACCUGGAGGUCAGCCCCCCUGUGGUGGCCAACGGGAAGGAGUACCCCCUGGGGCGGAUCCUCUUCGGAGGCAACUUGCCUGGGUCGAGGGGCCGCCGGGUCACCCAGGUGGUCCGGGACUUCCUGCACGCCCAGAAGGUGCAGCCGCCCGUGGAGCUGUUCGUGGACUGGCUGGCGGUCGGCCACGUGGAUGAGUUUCUGAGCUUCGUCCCUGCCGCUGACGGGAAAGGCUUCCGGAUGCUCCUGGCCAGCCCCAGCGCCUGCUUCAAGCUCUUCCAGGAAAAGCAGAAGUGGGGCCACGGGGGCGCCCUCCUGUUCCAAGGGGUUGUUGGCAACCAGCAGGUUGACCCUGUCUCCAUCAGCCAGGUUCUCUCCAACGAAAACCUCAUCAGCUACAAUAAGUUUGUGCAGAGCUGCAUUGACUGGAACCGGGAAGUGCUGAAGCGGGAGCUGGGCCUGACUGAGCGGGACAUCGUGGACAUCCCGCAGCUGUUCAAGAUGGAGAGGAGGAAGGCCGUGGCCUUCUUCCCAGACUUGGUGAACAUGCUGGUGCUGGGCAAGCACCUGGGCAUCCCCAAGCCCUUCGGGCCCGUCAUCAACGGCCGCUGCUGCCUGGAGGAGAAGGUGCGGUCCCUGCUGGAGCCGCUGGGCCUGCACUGCGCCUUCAUCGACGACUUCACCCCAUACCACAUGCUGCACGGGGAGGUGCACUGCGGCACCAACGUGCGCCGGCAGCCCUUCUCCUUCAAGUGGUGGCACAUGGAGCCCUGA